UCAGUACAUGUGUGCAUGAAUCCAUAUCAAUAACAAGUAGCACUUUCAUUUUUAUAUUUUUAUUUGCCUGAAUUUAGAAAGAAACUUACCUGCCCGUUGCUCUGCUCAAUGGAAUCACGUACAAUACAGCAAUUCCUCCAAGGCAAGACUCUUCUCAUUACGGGUGCCACCGGUUUCCUCGCAAAGCUUCUUGUAGAGAAGAUACUUCGUGUUCAACCAAAUGUGAAAAAGCUCUACCUUCUCAUAAGAUCUUCGGACAACAACUCCGCUAGAGAACGCUUCACUGAUGAGGUCAUGAUGUCUGAAUUAUUCAAAGUUAUAAGGGAAAAGAUGAGUGUAAACCUUUGCUCUCUCGUGGAGGAGAAGGUGUUUGCAAUUUCAGGUGACAUUUCACACGAAAAUAUGGGAAUUAGAAACUCCGAGUUAAGAGAGGAAAUGUGCAAAGAAAUAGAUAUAAUAAUAAACUCAGCUGCCACGACCAACUUUUAUGAGAGAUAUGAUGUUGCAAUGAAUGUAAACGCGGUUGGUGCCAUGAAUGUCCUCAAGUUUGCCAAGAGUUGUACAAAAUUGACAAUGCUUCUUCAUGUAUCUACCGCUUAUGUUUGCGGCAAAGCAACAGGAGUUUUAUCAGAAAAAUCGUUCCUUAUGGGUGAGACACUCAACAAAAUCUCUUAUUUGGAUAUGGAUGUGGAAAGAGAUGUGAUAGCAAACAAAUUUAAGGAACUUGAAGCUCUAAAUGCGACAUCAAAGGAAGUAACAACAGCCAUGAAAGAACUUGGCAUUCAAAGGGCAAGAUUACAUGGGUGGCAAAACACAUAUACCUUCACAAAAGCAAUGGGAGAGAUGCUUUUGGGACAUUUGAAGGAAAAUCUACAGGUUGUUAUCAUACGUCCAACAAUUAUAACUAGUACCUACAAAGAGCCGUUUCCUGGAUGGAUUGAAAGAGUGAGAACGGUGGAUUCAUUUAUUUUGGCUUAUGGAAAAGGUAUACUGAAUUUCUUCUAUGGUGAUCCUGACUCAAAACUUGAUCUGAUUCCAGGUGAUAUGGUGGUGAACUCAAUUCUUGCAGCAACUUUAACACAUGAAAAUCAACAUUCUAAAGAAGUAGUUGUUUAUCAUAUCAGCUCUUCUUCAAGAGAUCCUCUAAGAAAUUCAGAUAUAACGUUUUUCAUGUUUCACUACUUCACGCAAAAUCCAUGGAUUAACAAAGAUGGAAAAACUAUCAACGUGAGGGCUCCUCUGCGUUCAUUUAGCAGCAUGGCUAGCUUUAGAAAACACAUUUCAACUCAUUAUUUGCCACUUUUAAAGAUGCUAAAGUUUGUGAACCUAGUGUCAUGCCAUUGCUUUGACAAAACCUAUUGGUAUAUGGAAAGAAAGAUGCAUACGGCUAUACGUUUAUCUGAAUUGUUCGAACCCUACUUGUUUUUCUAUGGAAGCUUCGAUGAUGUUAAUACUGAAAGAUUAAGAUUGGCAAUGAAGGAAAUCAACAUGGAUGACGUGCUUAAUUUUGACCCGCGUUGCAUCAAAUGGGAAGAUUACUUAAUGAAUACUCACAUUCCUGGAGUUGUGAAGUACCUAUUCUAGGGAUCAUAUAAGUUCAUAUUAAAUUUUAAGGGGUCGUUUGGUUUGAACACAAGUUAUGAUGGGAUUAAUUAUAUUGGAAUAAGUUAUACUGGGAUUAUUUAUGUAUGAAUUAGUUAUCCUGAUAUUAUUUCUUAUUGAUUAUUUGGUUUGAUGUAUUAAAAGUAACAUGCGUAGCAUAACUUUUAAGAAAA